AUGCGGUUAAAACUUGAGACAGGAGGGGAAUGCACCUCUGCUGGCAGAGUUACAGCCCAGCUGCUCUUAUCGUUUCUUGCGGUAUCGCCUGCCUUGGCAUCCGUUGGGGAUGCCUCUCACAACGUACAAGCAAUCCUUCCACCCGGACCACUGAUACCGCCUAGCUCUCCACAACCCGUCCCAGAUGAGCAUCUCUUCACAUUGCGACAUAUUUUCCAUCAUGGCACAUAUCGGCAUCCUCAGUUGCACAGGCGCAAAGAUGUUCGCCACUCAAACGAGGCCGAUAGUCAAGUGUGGCUGGCAGAGGAGGAUGGGUUUAAGAAGGAGAAAGUCAUGCCUCUGAAGGCCCGGAGUUCACCUCUGACGAUAGAGCGUAUGGUAGAUCGACGACCCUCUGUCGUGGACCCCAUGGUUACCGAAGCCCGACAACGCGGAUACGUAAACAUCAUGUCUCCAUCAUCUUGGACCACCGACGAGGUUCCUGGCCCCAACAUUACCGACAAAGGGACUGUUCUGAGUCUUGCGCUUAUGGCUGCGAACGCAUACGUGGAGGAGGAGGGACAGGCGGACUGGGAAGAGGUUGGCGGUCCAUACAACAGAAGCGCAGACUUUGGGUGGGAAACCGAUGGUUUGCGUGGCCACAUUUGGGCGGAUGCGACGAACUCGACAGUCGUUAUUGGGUUGAAGGGCACAUCCCCGGCGGUUUUUGAUGGGGAUGGCACUACCACCAACGACAAGGUCAACGACAACUUGUUCUUCAGCUGCUGUUGCGCCCAACAAGGACAAUGGACCUGGCAUCAAGUGUGUGAUUGUGCCACUUCCACUUACUCAUGCAACAACACCUGCGUUGUUCAGGCACUCCAGGAGGAGAAUCGAUACUACACAGCCGCCAAGGAACUGUAUUCUAACGUUACCGAGAUCUUUCCCAACGCCAAUAUCUGGUUGUCCGGCCACUCUCUAGGCGGUGCGGUCAGCUCUCUCCUAGGUCUCACCUAUGGCCUUCCUGUCGUUACUUUUGAAGCCGUGCCGGAGGCGCUCGCUGCUGGAAGACUCGGCUUGCCUGUGCCGCCAGGAGCAGACCAGAUGGUCCACCAGGCUCGCCAAAACACCGGUGCAUUCCACUUCGGCCAUACGGCCGAUCCUAUUUAUAUCGGUACAUGUAACGGUGCCACAGCGACUUGUUCCUUCGCUGGUUAUGCUAUGGAAUCUGCCUGCCACACUGGAGUAGAGUGUGUCUACGAUGUCGUGGCAGACAAGGGGUGGAGAGUCGGCAUUGGAACGCACAAGAUUCGGUCCGUGAUCCACGACGUCAUCAUGAAGUAUGACAACGUUCCUGUGUGCAAGGCCACGCCCGAGUGCCGCGAUUGCGUCAACUGGAAGAUGUACGAAAGCAACGGCACAGAGACGACUACGACGUCGAAAUCCUCGACCACUUCAAAGACCCGUACGCGCACCGCGACCUGUCAGACACCUGGCUGGUGGGGUUGUUUAGAUGAGACGACGACUACCGCUACAGCCACAACAACAACAUCAACAUCGACGACGUCAACCUGCAAGACGCCUGGCUGGUUUGGGUGCAAGGACAAGACAACAGCAACAACAACCACUACCACUACUACUUCGACGACAACAACCAGUGAAUCCUCCACGACUACCUGCGCAACUCCAGGGCGGUUUUGGGGAUGUAAGGAUGCGGUGCCCACCUCGGCAUCACUGAUUGUUACGACUACCUCUCACCCGAUUACAGCAGCUCCUACGGCGCCCACAGUGACGCCAACCACGGCGCCAACGAAGGCUCCAUCGGAACCUGAAUGCCGCCGGAGGUACUGGUUCGGAUGGUGUAAGGAAUGGGACCAGAAAUCCGAGGGUCUCAUUGAGGAGAUUUAA